UGCAUGGCAUGAAGUCAAUCGCUUAUGUCUAAAAGUUAUUGAGGUAUGAAACGAUGUUGAUGUCAAAAAUAUAGCUUAAGAGGAAGAACCAAGGAGAACGAAGACAGACGGACAAAGAUGGAAACGCAGAGCGAGGAUCCCUCAUUCUUGGACAAGAGGCCACAGGCAGUUGAAGCUAAUGGAGGAAGUCUGAGUCACCAGCCGUCUUCUCUUCCUGAACUUCGCUUGGUUUUACUAGGCCGCAAAGGAGCUGGGAAAAGCUCAGUGGGAAACACCAUCCUAGGCCUGGCGGGAGGGUUUGAGACAGGCAAACCGACCGAAGAGUGCGUGAAGAGGCGAGGCGACGUGGCAGGAAGGCGCGUCACAGUUGUGGACACCCCAGGCUGGGAAUGGUACUAUUCUGUGAAUGGGACUCCCGGUUGGGUGAGGAGAGAAACGAAGCGAAGCAUGACCUUGUGUCCACCAGGUCCCCACGCCGUCCUUCUAGUGGUGAGAUCCUGUACAUCAGUGACAGCCGACUACCAUCGGCAGAUCGAGGAGCAUCUGGAACUGCUGGGCAAAGCGGUGUGGGAUCACACGCUGGUGCUGUUCACCCGAGGGGAUGAACUGGGCUCCGUUCCCAUCGAACAGAGGAUUCGAAACGGCGGCAAGGCCUUCCAGAUGCUCCUGGAACGAUGCGGAAACAGGUUCCACGUUUUGGAGAACAAGCGGCGCGUUGACGAUGGAUCACAGGUGAAGGAACUGAUGAGGAAGAUGCAUAAACUGAUGGAAGAGAGAGGGGGGAGAUAUUAUGAGACAGAUCUGCUGCUUCUGGAGCUGGAGGUGGAGAGCAAACGGAGGGCACGAGAAAGGAGGAAAAAACAGAGGCUGAUGGAGGCGCAGACGCACAGAGGAAGCAUCAGAGGCGUGCUGAUGAAUGAUAAUCCACAAACUGAAGACCUGGAUGAGAGGAAUCUCUUCUCCAGAGGCUCACGGCGUCUCCCGGAGCUGAGACUGGUUCUGCUGGGAGAGAGGGAGACGGGGAAAAGCUCCGCUGGGAACGCCAUCCUUGGAGGACCGGGAUACUUUCAAAGCAGAGCAGCCACAGAGGAGUGCUCGAGACAGCAGACGGAGGUUUCUAACCGACUGGUGAUGGUGGUGGAUGUGCCCGGAUGGGAGGGUGGACCGGAGGGAUUAACUCCAGAGAGAGUGAAGCGAGAGAUUGGACUGAGCGUGACACUGUGUCCUCCUGGACCUCAUGCAUUUCUACUGGCGUUGAGAGUGGACGCGCUUGUCCAAGCACAGUCAGUGCGGGAGCACUUGGAGCUUUUGGGAGAGGCAAUUUGGAGACAUACGCUUCUUUUAUUCACGAGGGGCGACCAGCUACGAGAGGGAGUCACCAUCGAGCAGCACAUCCAAGGAGGAGGAAAGGAUCUUCGUUGGUUGGUGGAACGAUGUUCAAACAGGUUCCACGUCAUCAGCAGCAACUCUUGUUUGGAAUCUUGGAAUUCCAAAACACAGAUAACGGAACUUCUGGAGAAGAUCGAGAAGAUGGUGGCGAGAAAUCGUUGCGAGGCCUUCUCACCACUAGUGCAUGAGAUUCAAGACUUAGGAAGACAAAAGAAUGAGAAAUUCCAGCUGAAGGUCAAGGAGUUUAGCGAGAAGCUUCAACGGCAGGAGGAAGAACUGAAGAAGAUGAAGGAACGAGAGGUCAGGAGCAUUCGGUGGUUUUUCGAAAGACGCAAAAAAGACAAAGUACAAUCUCCUGGGAAGACUGAGAGGGAAGAGGUGCUGUACCGAGGCGAAGAUGACAGGAGAAGCGUGAUGGGUGAGCUGGAGGAGAGGAUGGCGUGGUUGACGGAAGACAAGGAGCGAGAGAUACAAGAGCUGAGCGCUGAAAUCAGCAAAGUCAUGGUGACUCUCCAUCAGGCACUGAAAGAGAAAGAGCAACUGCUGAUGAGAUUAGAGGAGAGAGAGCGAGAGGGGGAAGAACUUAAAGAGAAAGUGGAAGAACUUCAGAUGAAACUGCUGGAAAUGGAGCGCAUGGGUGCCGAGAAAGAGCAAGAAUGGAAAGAGAGCGAGGCUGAGAUUCAGCACGCACACCUGGAUGAGAUAAAUGAACUUCAAAGCAAACUGUUGGACGCUGAGAAAGAUAAUGAUAGGAUGAGAGGAAAGGUUGAGGAAACUCAAAAAGAGAUGGAUGCAUCACAAUGCAGGUAUGAAGAAGAGGCUGUUUGGCAAAAGCAAGAGAUGGAGAAUAAACUGAAAGUAAAGGACAAUGAAACUGAAAUUUUUUUAAGAGAAAUCGAGGGGGUGAAACUGAACGCUGAGGGCAGAGAAAGAGAACAAAGCGAGAGAUUCAGUGAACAAGCUGAGAAGAGAGAGAAAGAGAUGGACAAGCUGAGAGAGGUGAUAGAGAUGAUGACCAAAGAGAUGGAGCAGCUACGGAUGUCCUAUCAAAAGCAAGUGAAAACAACAGAAGCCGAGAGAGAAAUGCAUGCAGAAACUGUGGAGAAAUACAACACUCUCAUUGAUAAACUCGUAGGGAAAGAUGAGGAAAUAGAGCGAACCAUGAGAGAGAAAGAAAAGGAGCUACAUCGAAAUGCUGAAACGCAAGAGAAACUUCAGCAAAAAGAUAAUGAAAUAGUUCAAUUAAGACAAAGAGACCAGAAAAAAGUGCAAGAAAUUGAGACACUGAAGCAAAACAUUAGCGAAAAACAGAGGGAUAUAGAUAAGUUAAAAGACACUGUGCAGGCAAAUACGGAAAAACACGCAGCUGAACUUCAAGUUUUGAGGGAGGAGUUGAAAGCAAAAGAAAUUGUAAUAGACAAAUUAAAACAAAGAGACCUGGAGAAAGACAAAGACACUCACAAACUAAAGCAAAACAUUAGCGAAAAACAAACUGAUAUUGAAAACUUAGAAGACAGAAUUGAAGAAAAUGCAGUACAACUAAAACUUUUACGGGAAGAACUGAAGGUAAAAGAUGACGAAAACGAAAAAUUAAGACAAAGCGACCAGGAGAAAGAACGAGAGAUUGACAUGCUUAGGCAAAACAUUAACGAAAAACAGAAAGACAUUGCAAAGUUAAGAGAUGAUAUUGAAGCACAUAUUGAAAAAAGUGCAGCUAAACGCAAGCAUUUAGAGGAAGAGCUGGAAAUAAAAGAAGAGAAAAUAACCAAAUUAGGACAAAGAGACCUGGAGAAAAACACAGAAAUUCACACACUUAAGAAAAAUAUUAUUAGCCAACAGCAGGAUGCUGAAAAAUUAAAAGACAGCAUGCAGUCGAAUAUUAAAGAAAGUGCUGCUCAAUUGAAGCAUUUAGAGGAAGAAUUCAAAAUAAAAGACAACAAAAUAAUCCAGUUAAGAGCGAGAGACAUGGAAAAAGACAGAGAAAUGAACACAAUGCGAGAAAACGUUAGCAAAAAACAGAAAGAGGUUGAAAAGUUAAGAGAGAGUAUUAAGACAUAUGUCGAGGAAAGUGCAGCUAAACAAAAACAUUUAGAGGAAGAACUACUGACAAAAGAUGCUGAAAUAACCAAAUUAAACCAAAAAGACAUGGAGAAAGACAAUGAAAUGGACAGACUGCUGCAAAACAUCAACAAAAAACAUGGAAGAGAAAUAGAAAAGCUGGAAAACAGCAUUCAAGCAAAUACCGAAGAAGCUGCUGCUCAACUAAAACAUCUAGAAGAAGAGUUUGAUGCAAACAUAGAGGCCUACAAAAGAAAGAAUGCAAUGAAGAAAGAGGAGAUGAAAAACAUAUGCGAAGAAGCACUUUCUCAAAGAGUGCAGAAGCUGAAGAGUGAAGAAAUCUAUUUGGAGAAAAGACAGCAAGUCAUGCAAAAUAGGGAACAACAGCAUGAAGACAUGUUGCACAGUCUCAAGAAACAGCAGGAUGUUUUGAAAGACAGAGAAUGCUCUUUAGAUACCAGAGAAACAGACCUGCGCCAACAGGAAUCAGAGCUCGCUAUGAGAGAUAAAGACAUGACGGAUAAACACAAACUUUUGCAGAACCAAGAAUUAGAUCUGAAAAAGAAAGCGAGCGAUGUUGAGAACAAAACACAAAUGCUAGAGCUCCAGAAAACAACACUAGAUGAAAGAGAGAAAAAGCUUGAAGAAUGUCAAAACCAAUUGGACAGCAAAAUUCUGGCACUAAAUAAUGAACAAGACAAGGUGAAGAAGAAGCGAGAAGAACUUGAGAAAUGGGAGAAGUAUUUUCGCAAAGAGUCAUUCUCAGGGUAUCAGCGAUUGACAAACAGCGCUGAAUUUAAUGGGAAACGAAUUGAACCCGAAGACAUCCAUCGAAUGCAUCAAGAAGUAGGAGUGGAUGGUGGCGUUUGUGAUGCAAAAGACACCAGAAGUGAAGAGCAACUGGAGUUGGCUACUAUUAACUGUGCAAAUAACCGAUUGGUAAAGAAUCAAAGGGUUAAACGAACACUGGAGUCCAAGCAAAAAGGGAAAGAUGGUGAGAGUGACAAUUCUGAUGGCGAAAGUGAGGAAGACUUCUUUGAAUCUUCAAGCACCAGUUUCCAACCUGCCCUACAUACACCCUGGCCUGUGUCUGAGCUGAGGCUGAUGCUUUUAGGAGACUCCUGGUCGUCCCGUCACCCAGCGAGAUGCACCAUCGUGGGGCCUGAUGCAGAAAGAAGCAACCCUUGGAGGGGAGAGAUAUCCGGCAGGCAGCUCACUCUCGUAGAGCCUCAGGGCCUGAAAUGGAGAUCGGCAUCUGACAGUAAAGACAUAUUUCAAAAACAUCUCUCUCAAAGUGUCUCUCUGUGCCAACCUGGACCACACGCCUUCAUCCUGGUGAUUCCUGCUUACGUAUCCUUCACUGGUCCGUACAGGUGUGAGGUGGAACGUACCAUGUCUGCGCUAGGAGAAGCAUCGUGGAGGCACACUAUUGUUCUGCUCACCUGGGGGGAAACAUUAGGAGAGAGCGUCCAGCAGCAUAUUAAGAGAAACAGCGACCUGGAGCGGCUGGUUCGAAAGUGUGGGGAUAGAUGCCAUGUGCUUGGCAAUGGACACCGGGAAUCUGAUGUGGUGAAGUUGCUGGAGAAGGUGGAGGAGAUGCUGGGAGUAAAAAGUGGACAAUACUACAAAGUCGGCUGAAAAUGAGCGUUAAGGAUUUAAACUGAGCCUUUAUGACUGUGAAUGAUAUUUAAAUUAUGAUAAAUCCAACAGAUUGUCUUGACAUUCUUGGCUUUAUCU